AACAUUGAUUGCUCCUCAAAUCUUCUUGUUCUUUAGAUAUUUAUUUUUAGGAAAAUUGAUUGAUCAUGAGUCAGAGUUCAAUGCAUGAUGAUAGGGAGCUUACUUCCCCUUCUCGUACUGUGAUCUUAGUGGGACGGACGGGCAACGGAAAAAGUGCAACAGGGAACAGUAUCCUUGGACGGAAAGCUUUCAAGUCAAGAGCUAGCUCCUCAUCAGGGGUUACAACUACUUGUGAACUUCAGAGUGCCGUGUUAAAAGAUGGUCAGAUUAUUAAUGUCAUUGACACGCCUGGUAUGUUUGAUUUUUCUUAUGGAUCGGAAUUGAUGAGGAAAUGUAUUAAUUUGGCUAAGGAUGGUAUCCAUGCAAUCCUUGUGGUUUUCUCUGUUAGGACCCGCUUCACACAAGAAGAAGAGGCUGCGCUUCGUAGCUUGGAAAACUUCUUUGGAAGCAAAAUUAAAGACUAUAUGAUUGUAGUUUUUACUGGUGGUGAUGAGCUUGAAACAAAUGAUGAAACUUUGGAAGAUUAUUUGGGGCGAGGCUGUCCACAGCCUUUAAAGGCAAUUCUCACUUCCUGUCAUAAUCGAUAUGUGCUCUUCGAUAACAAGACAAAGGAUGAAACCAAGAAAGCCAAGCAACUUCAACAGCUUCUUUCUCUUGUUAACACUGUUAUGUUGCAGAAUGAUGGACGGCCGUAUACUGGAGAUACAUCUCCCGAGUUGCAAAUUGAGUCAAGGCUCAAAGAGGCUACUUCUAUACUUGAACAAAAGUUAGCAGAGGAGCACGCUGCACGACUAGAGGCAGAAAAGAAUGAACAAAAGAUAUCAAAUGAUAUAAUUCCUCAGCUGGCAGCGCAAGUAAAAGAAGCUAAGAAGGAGAGUGAUAAGUUGCACAAGCAAUUAGCUGAGGCAAGGGACAAUCCUUGGGGUCGUAUACUUCGGGAUCGUUUACCUUGGUGUCCAUAUCUCUGACAUGAUUGCCGGCACGGCAAUAAGAUUUUAGUGAAUGAAGUUUCUCCAAGUAUGGUUAUGUUUAUAUAAUCGUCCUCCUCCCUCGUAAACUGAAUAAAUUGUUGGCUUAUUAUGAUUAAGACCCUUGUGUAAAUGCUCAUGGUGCUGUAUGGUAUUGCAACUU